CACCAUGGUAAUCCUCGGAGGGAAAAGUGUUCAAGUGUCAUCUUGACCCAUCCUUCUCUUCCUGAGGCAGCAGGACGAUAGGACUGCCUCACUCCACCGUACACACCCAUCUCACCCCACCCCAUCCUGCAUUAAUGCUCCCAAUCCUCUUUGUGGGAGAGUGACGUCUGCUACUGUCAGAAACAGAGUUAAGCUCAGCAGGCAGGCACCAGGAGAACAUAGUGGAGAGAAGCUCCCAGCCUUAGGGAUAACCAAGCAGCAUUGGGCUUUCAGGGAGACGAGUCUCUGCUACCCUAAGCAAGACCUGACUCUCGUCCCCAGCGGCUGCUCAGGCCUGCAGCUGGGAACAAAAGGGGAAUUUAGUGUGCCAAGACAGUUAUCUCCAUCAACAGGUUAGCUACAAACUCUGUCCCCUCCCGCCUGAGGGCCUUAAUGUCCUCCGAGGAUGGCUGUUGACAGACUGGAAUACAAACUCUCCAGUGGGCAACCAACAUUGCUUUAAGGAUCCUGCUUCUGUGAGUUUUUAAAACAUCGAGAAGUUUUCAAGCAUACUGCUGCAAAGCUGAUUGUAUGACACUGUAUCUUGUAUUAUUUAAUUAUUUUGUUUUCACUGCUGCACUGGCAGCAAAGCCGAUAUCCAGACAGCUCCGUCUAAUGGCAGGUGUGCAUGAAAGGUGUUUGUGUGAACAUGCAGUCGAAGCACUGUGUGUUUGUUAGUGCUUAAAACUGAACAGCAAAUCAGCAGCGUUAGUGUGCAUCUCCUGGGAUCUGCAGAGGCCACUGUUUACUUGGAGUGUGAGAGGGUGAUGCUAUUUAUGUGUAUGAAUCAAGUCAGAAGUGCUUGAAGUGUGUGUGUUUGUGUGUGAGGCGGUGGGGCCCUGUGGAGGUCGGAGCCCUGGAUUUCCUGGAGAUGGAGGGUCAUUGUUAUGACCGGUUCGGAGAUGGGGAGAGGGACAAUUACCAAAUAGACUACCGAAGGAUUGUAGGAGACAUGGAGCCAGCGAGGCCACGCAUCUCAAACAGAGAUGGGGAACAGCCUCACCCCUAUGGAGCCUUUACACACCCAACGCCACAUGGACACGGGCAUGAGACUGCAGCUCAGCGAUACAGCGCCACACGUAUCCAGGCUGGAUAUGAACCAGAGAGCAUGGCUGACUACUUGAUCAGUGGAGGGACAGGUUACGUUCCUGAGGAUGGACUCACAGCCCAACAACUUUUUGCUAUCGGUGAUGGACUGACAUACAAUGACUUCUUGAUCCUCCCUGGUUUCAUAGAUUUCACUUCUAAUGAGGUGGAUCUAACCUCUGCACUGACAAGAAAGAUUACCCUGAAGACACCUCUUAUUUCAUCUCCUAUGGAUACAGUCACGGAGUCAUCCAUGGCCAUCGCCAUGGCACUAAUGGGAGGAAUUGGAAUAAUUCAUCAUAACUGCACUGCAGAGUUCCAAGCCAAUGAAGUGCGUAAAGUCAAGAAAUUUGAGCAGGGCUUUAUCACAGACCCGGUGGUAAUGAGUCCUCGUCAAACAGUAGGGGACGUGUUUGAGGCCAAGAUACGCCAUGGUUUCUCUGGAAUCCCAGUUACAGAGAAUGGCAAAAUGGGCAGCAAACUGGUCGGCAUAGUCACCUCCAGAGAUAUAGAUUUUCUUUCUGAGAAGGACCAUGACAGACCUCUGGAAGAGGUGGGUGGGAUUUGCAUGAUUUUGCAAGAAAUUGUGUAUUGUCAAGAAUAUAAUACAGUGGCAAUAAUGAUGUCAAAUAAGUGUGAGGAUUCUAUGAUGCAUUGUUUAUUGUUUUAUUACUUUUUAAUUCAGGCAAUGACAAAAAGGGAAGAUCUAGUUGUUGCACCAGCUGGAGUCACACUGAAAGAGGCUAAUGAUAUACUUCAGCGUAGCAAAAAAGGUAAGCUUCCCAUAGUAAAUGACAGUGAUGAGCUGGUAGCCAUUAUUGCUAGGACUGACUUGAAGAAGAACAGAGAUUAUCCUCUGGCUUCUAAGGACUCCCGUAAACAGCUUCUCUGCGGAGCUGCCAUUGGUACUAGGGAGGACGACAAAUACAGACUGGACCUCCUCAUGCAGGCAGGGGUGGAUGUGGUUGUCCUGGACUCAUCCCAAGGAAACUCUGUGUAUCAAAUCAACAUGAUAAACUACAUCAAACAGAAAUAUCCUGAACUACAAGUGGUUGGAGGAAAUGUGGUGACAGCUGCUCAGGCUAAAAACCUCAUAGAUGCUGGUGUAGAUGCCCUGAGGGUCGGCAUGGGGUGUGGCUCUAUCUGUAUCACCCAAGAAGUAAUGGCAUGUGGACGGCCCCAGGGUACAUCAGUCUACAAGGUUGCAGAAUAUGCCAGACGUUUUGGCGUACCGGUAAUCGCUGAUGGAGGCAUUCAGACUGUUGGGCAUGUGGUAAAAGCUCUGGCCCUGGGAGCAUCUACAGUGAUGAUGGGGUCAUUGCUUGCGGCAACCACUGAAGCUCCAGGAGAGUAUUUCUUUUCAGAUGGUGUGCGUCUGAAAAAGUACAGAGGAAUGGGCUCCUUGGAUGCCAUGGAGAAAAAUAACAGUCAGAAGCGUUACUUUAGUGAGGGAGAUAAGGUGAAGGUGGCUCAAGGUGUCUCAGGAUCAGUACAAGAUAAAGGCUCCAUCCAUAAGUUUGUUCCUUACCUAAUCGCUGGUAUUCAACAUGGCUGUCAGGACAUAGGAGCCAAGAGUUUGUCCAUUUUACGGUCCAUGAUGUAUUCUGGUGAGUUGAAGUUUGAGAAGAGAACCAUGUCUGCUCAGAUGGAGGGGGGAGUCCACGGCCUCCAUUCAUAUUCUUUUGUGCCAUUUACGAGAAGCGGCUUUACUGAGGCGGGAGGAAGAGGAAGCGCUCGAUCAGGACCUAAUGUCCCGACUCCAGCAGCUGUGAGCAGAUGCACCGGGCGCAUGUGAUCGAACUACGAAACACAAAGUCGACAUGGCGUUUACGCCAUCACCCUGAAAUCUAACACUACCUUUCUGUGAUCUCCUCUUUUUCCUUUGUUUGUCCAAUCUUUGACUCCAUCAAAGAUAGACAAAACAACUCUCAAGAAGCCAAAGAGGACGGUCAUAUUCAUGGUCCUUCUUCACUUGACCGCUUUAUCUGUCUUUGUCCUGCUCUGGCUAAAGUGUAAAGAGGGUUAAUGUAAUCAACUAUUCUGAUGAUUACUUUAAAAAAAAAACACACCGUUAUUAUCUCAGGUUAGCUUAUCAUUGGUAAUGUAAUGAGAUGCCUGUCUCUUAGCUGAAUUUCACUCUUGCAGCACAGGUGUAGAAAUCAGACACAGACAUGCGGAAUAAGGAGCACUUUAAAGAAACAAUCUCAUCUGCAGUAGAAACGUCCGAACAACAAAAUGUUUGAGGUAACAAGAGAGCAUCCACAGCUUUCAUAUAUCAUAACCAUUUUUAUUUUCGUAAUACACCUGAAACUCCAUCUUGGUUUGGUGUGAUUUUCCAUAAUUUCACAUUGCAAAGAUGCAUCAUUAAUAACUUAACUGUACAUAAUUUAUAAUAUAGG